AUGGAACCAUUUGUACAAGUGUUCUUUGCUAUUGACAAAGAUGGAACUGAAACUAUCACAAUCGAUGAAUUGAAAAAGUAUGUUGCUGAAAAUAAGCUUGAUGAAAUGAUGGUUACAAAAUGGAAAUCAUUAUUUGAUGCCAAAAAUACUGGAAAGAUAACGUUUAGUACUUUUUGUGAAGUAUUGGGUUUGAGUCCUGCACAAGCAGUAGCCAUGAAAACACAACAUCAACAAUCAGCUUCAUCGAAACUUCAUCCAGAUGUUGUAGUAAUCUAUGAACAGCUUCCAUUAGAUAAACAAAUUGCUAUCAGUAAUAAAGCAAUUGAACUAUUAACAUCUUCAAAGAAAUUGGAUGAAAAAGAUCAAGCUGUUCAAUUGAAACAAUGGUUAGAUAACACUUACGGUAAAGCAUGGCACGUUGUCAUAGUUAAAGGAUCAUUUUGGAGUAGUUAUUCACAUAGUGCCAAUAAGUGUUUUAUAUUUCGUGUACGUGAUGUAUCUUAUCUUAUAUGGAGAACACCAGAUGAAGAAAUAACCAGUACAUAG